UGACGAGGAUGCAAAGCUUCGUGUUUACAUUUUCGUUGUGGUUAAUAUAGCGCACUAAUAUCAGUAGAAGUUUUAUAAUGCGAACUUCCAGAGCAAGAUCUUCAACGGCAUCAACGGUGUUUAGAGUAUUUGUGUAGAUAUCCUUGCAAGCCAACCCAAAGUUAGUCAUGGAUGCCGUGGUGGGCAAACCCUACACCGAUUCGUGUUCUGUCGAAGUACCCAAGCCACCAUCCAUCGAUGAUUUCGUUGUAGUAAAACCGAUUAGUCGCGGGGCCUUUGGAAAGGUCUAUCUUGCUAGAAAGAAAUGCAAUUCGCGGUUGUAUGCAAUCAAGGUCGUAAACAAGGCAGACAUGGUCGGUAAAAAUAUGACGGAACAGAUGAGGGCAGAGCGAGAUGCAUUGGCCCUGAGCAAAAGUCCUUUUGUCGUGCACUUGUUCUACUCUCUGCAAACAGCCACUAAAGUGUACUUGGUAAUGGAAUAUCUAAUUGGAGGUGAUGUGAAGUCCCUUCUUCACAUAUAUGGAUAUUUUGAUGAAGACAUGUCUCUAAAAUAUAUAUCAGAGGUAGCCCUGGCUUUGGAUUACCUCCAUCGGCAUGGAAUAAUUCACAGAGAUUUAAAACCUGACAACAUGCUAAUCACCAAUGAAGGCCACAUCAAACUAACAGACUUUGGGCUUUCAAAAGUUAAGUUGGAAAGAGAAUUAAACCUACUGGAUAUUCUUACGACACCUUCUUUGGCGAAGCCUAGCAAAGAUUAUUUCCGUACACCAGGCCAAGUGCUGUCACUGAUCAGCUCCCUUGGACUCAACACCCCGGCGAUGGAAGGGAAGCGCCACAGCAGCCUAUCAGCAGUCCGAAGCCCAAAGACGUGUGGGAAGUUGGAGCAGCGGAAGAGCUCGCUCUGUUCCCCUCGCAUGAGGAAAAGGAGGGAAAGCUACAGCUCGCCCAUGUGUUCCGCACGAGCUCCAGCUCGUAGCGCAGUCUUCAAUGCGGGUCUGCUUAUGAAAAGCCUCACUCCCAGAUUGAUGAAGUCCAGACAACGUUGCGACACAACGAGCACUGGAAGUAACCAAUCCUGCUUUUCCUCUCCUGUCACUGACUCUGAGAACUGCAUCAGCCCUCUGUGGGAAGACUUGGAAUGCCGGGAGAAUCAGAGUCUACCACCAAUGCAAGGUAAAGACUCGCUGCCCAUGGCUGUACAGGCUGUGGCUCCCAUGGUCACAUCAGUUGAACGAAACGGCAAGGUGCCAACACCUCGCCAAAGCAAUGCUCUUAUGUCCCUCGACAAUCGCAGCCCCAGGGAACGCCAAUUCAAAGGGCAAUUGGACUUCUCAGAGGAGCGGUACCCGGGAGGGAAGAGCAACAACAGCUCCUUGACAGGGAAGAGGCUCCAGUUUGACAAAGAAGACUGCUACCUUUCAGCAGCAAAUGCUCCUCCGCGAGUUGACGGGUGCACACAAACCCCUAGCCAAGACGUUGCAAGAGAAGCCGCCGUCACCAAGUCAGCCAAGCGGGCCUUUGAAGAGGUGGACCGAAGCCCAGAAACAGUGGGACAGCAGGCCAAGAGGGGGGACUCGGACUUCCAGAGAAGCUCGCAGGUGCCAGGGGAGCUGGAUACGAAGUACAACACAGGCCUCACAGGGCUCUUCUCCAACGUGGCGCUGGGGUCUCGCCAGGGUGGUUCCUCUGGAGGCCAGAGAGAGAGGAAGAGGAUGGUGGGGCCGAGCCAGUCCAGUCCGAAAGAGGUGGCCAAGAACUUGCUGUGCGAGCUGGACGACCAUGGGGAUGAGGUAGUGGAUGCUUCGUCAGCAACAGCAGCAGCCAUGGGCAAGGUCCCAGAGCUGAACAUCUCCUCUUCGCUCAGUGAAACCCAGGAGGUGCGCCGGAGCUUGAGUAUGGAAUCGGACGGCUCUCCCCACGACAUGUCCAUCAUCAGCGGCGACGUGCCUUCGCUCCGUCUAACCGAGAGCCCCAAAGAGACCCUGUCCUCCUCCCUGGAGGAUCUGGAUGAGCACGACAUCUCCGCCUGCUUCCCAUCCACCCCGUUAGCUGCCAACACCGCUGUCUCCGCCCCUAUCCCUGUGCCAAAGGCUGGCGUCACGUCUUCGAGCCUCGGGCCGCACGACUCCGUCAGAAACAACAGCUUCCUGUUUCAGAGGCGGCGCGUCAGCUCCGUCAAGUCGCCAUCCUUCCUGCGUCCGCGCAACGUGGUGGCCUUCCGCAGCUACAACAGCUCCAUCAACCGCUCCAGCCUGUCCACGUGCUCGCGCUUCAGCCUGGGCUCCGUGGAGCCCAUGGAGACCUCGGUCAGCAACGCCUCCUUCCACAGCUCCAUCAUGACGCCCAUGCAGAAGAGGGGGGCCAGCUGCAGCAGCUCCGCACAGCAGACCCCGACUCCAAUGGGCAUGGUGCACACCCCCUUCAGGACGCCCAAGAGUGUGCGUAGAGGUCCGGAGCCUGUGCAGAGUGCCCCAAUCCUGGGCACCCCAGACUACCUCGCCCCUGAGCUUCUCAUGGGCAAACCACACGGAAUUAUGAUUCACGAUGUGAUGGUGGACUGGUGGGCGCUAGGGGUGUGCCUGUUUGAGUUCCUCACAGGCAUCCCUCCCUUCAACGAUGAGACGCCACAACUCGUCUUCCAGAACAUCCUAAAUAGAGACAUCCCUUGGCCAGAUGGUGAGGAGGAGAUUUCCCACAAUGCCAAAGAUGCCAUAGAGAUUCUGCUGACCAUGGAUGUGGCCAAACGUGCUGGCCUAAAAGAGCUGAAACGCCAUCGCUUCUUUGCGGGCCUGGACUGGACCAACCUCCAGAACCAGACCAUGCCUUUCAUCCCCCAGCCUGAGGAUGACACGGACACUUCUUACUUUGAUGCUCGAAACACAGCCCAGCACCUGGUCCUCUCUGCAUUCAGUAUGUAAUGUACAGUACAAUAACUACUCAGGGUGGAAUGUCUGGUACUCACCAUCUUUUGCUUUCCUCUAUGUAUCUAUGUUUGUUUGUUUUUGUUCACUAAAUAUAUUGUAAUAUAUUGUCUCUCGAUCAACACUGUUUAUUUAUACUGAUCAACAACAUUAAUAGGGUAAAGAUUUUAAACACUAUGCUUUGUUUUAACAUGUAAGUGCUUUCAAAUACAUUGAAAAAAAUAAAAUCUUAAUGACUUGUCAUCA